ACUUUGUCAAAUCCCACUAGUCGGCCGUAGUGCUGCUGCAGUCGCGCUGCACUCCGCACCAGAGGCUCCGUUGUCGUAACGAAGCGCUUCUGGCAUUAAUUCUAUCGCUCACCAGUACGCGUGUGAAUCCUCAAAGCCCAGCGCUACGUAGUUCCACAAAAAAGCCUGUGAGAGCAGUGAGUGCAUAAUGCGCCGCAGCCUCUACGCCGCCGCCGCGCUCCUGCAAGGUGCAAAUGCAUUACUCGCAACGCCACCGCGCCGACGACAGACGCGCCUCCAAAACCUCAACGACCACAUCGACGUGCUCCAGGGCCAGUUCGAGGCCUCGCCCGUCGACGGCCUGCCGGACUGGGUCCAGACGACGCUGGAGCAGCAGGGCCUGAACGUGCUCACCUUCGACGAGGGCAAUGCAUCGCUGCUCUUCGCGAACAUCCUGGUCAUCGCGCUCGCGUCCUACGUCGGCAAGCAGACGGGCAACGCCGACACCAUGGAAAUAGCGGACGGCAUGCGGCGGGAGCGGCGGCGGCGGGGGCGCAUGGACGUCGAGAAGGCGCUGCCGGGCGAGGACGACGUCCGGGGCUGGUUCGCUGAUGAUCAGGACGAGUCAUAAUACACUAGAC